GGACCCUUAUCCGCCCUCGAUAGCUGGUCGCCUCCUCCUCUGCCACCUCUCCUCUCAAGCAGCCGCCUUCGGAGCCCCAUUUGUGCGUCUCGAAUGUCCCGCAAGAUCAAGCUCACUCGGCUGCCCCAGGACGUCCUCAUCAAUAUGGUCGAUUCAUGCCCAUCCUUAGUCGACAGAUACACCUUUGCCAAGGUGCUGGGUCUCAAGGAGCAGAUUGCGUCCACUCAUCUCAGUGUCGAAUAUGAGCUCGACCAGGCCCUGAAGCGGAUCCGCUCCAAUGCCUAUCGUGUCGAUCUCAGCCAGACCACUAUAUACGAUGACCUGAGGACUGUCGUGCACUUGAUGAAGCUAACCUCCCACCGCACCUCCCUGGAUUUUACCCAUACAUACAUACAUGUGCGCGGUGCCAUCAUCCUCUCGGAUUUGCUCAUGUCGGACUGCUCUCUCCACAAACUGGAUCUUACGUACUCGUACAUCAGUCAAGAGGGCACCAAGGUCCUCUUUAAGGCCCUCAAGAAAAACACAUCGGUGAAGACGCUGAUACUGAACCAUAACAACAUCGAGCCUGAUGGCGCCGAGGCAAUCUUCUCGGGGCUCUGUGCCAACUCGACCCUCACGCACCUGGAUUUGAGAUGGAACCGCCUCCGCUACCACGGCGCGUUUUGGAUCGCCGAAGCGUUGAAGGUCAACACGGCGCUGACGUAUCUCAACCUCUGCGGCAACCUGAUCAGCACCCAAGGCGUCCACUACAUGUGCCACACGCUCAUCAAGAACUCGACUCUGACCUCCCUCGACCUGAGCUGCAACGACAUUGACUCCAGCGCUGUGGGGCCAAUCCGCGGCAUGCUCGACGCCAACACUGUCCUAACUAUGCUGAAUUUGGAGAACAAUCGCCUGAGGGAUCGAGACGUCGACACCAUCAACAAGGCCCUCAGCGCAAACAAAACGCUGCUGACACUUGAGGUCUAUUGAGAGCUCGUGCUUCUCGCCCAACACUACACUUUCUCCAUACCAUCCGCAUACCAUCGUCGCCGUCUCAAUACUGUGACUCUGUCUGGAGUGCCUGCUGCUUGCUUCCACUUGCUCAACACUGAGCCUCCGCCUCGACUUCUCGACGAUCGCCAUCACUGCCG